AUUUCUCUGAGCAGUAUUGCUAUCCUUGUGAUGUUUUAAUUUCUUUCGAUGACAUUUCUCAUACAGUUGAACUUCAGUAUCUCGAACAUCAAAAUCUCAAAUACCAUGGAUAUGCUGAAGUUAGUUUAAAGACCCAACUACACUUUCUUUAAGUGUCUUAAUAUAAUAUAGUCUUAAUAUAGUCUUAAUAUAAUUUUAAUCUUAAUAUGAUCUCAAACUCCCGGACAUCUGAAAUUUUUUCUAGGCCCUAUUGAAAUGGCGAUAACGAGGUUUGACUGUACCACCGCGGUGGUCUAGAGGUAGAGCGUUCGCCCCGCAUGCAGAAGGUCGGGGUUCGAAUCCCGGCCGCGACAGACCGAAGUCGUUAAAACAGGUAGUGACAUCGCCGAACGCUCGGCAUCAAGUGUGAACUUAAAAACGAAUAUCCCGUGUCACAGUUAGUUUGGCACUCUAAAGAACCCUCAUUGCUCAAUGGCCAUAAGCGUCGAGCAUAGGUAUAAAGAAGCCCUUCAUCAGUCUUGGUUACGACUCCAUAUGAGUGAAAAAUUCUCGAGAGAAGCGUUAAACAAGACACAAAUCAAUCAAUCCAUAAUUCUGCUGACUUCUGGUCCAGCUACCAUCCAGCGCGCUGUAAUGCAACUUGAUCUUCAGCCUAUCGCACCUAUUCCACCUUUCUAAACAGCAGUGUUCUCCUCAUGAGAUUAUUAUUCAACUCCCAAACAUUGAUGAAUAUGACUGAAAAUAUUUCGCCAUUUUGUUUUAGCGGCAGCUAUCUUAAAAGAGACGGAAAUUCCAAUGACCUACGGCCCAACGAUAAUUUGAAAAUCAGUAUUAUCUAAUCGACAAUAUGUGCUAAAUUGCAUGCUUGCCUCCACCAAUAAAAUAUUUUGGUGAAAUUUUGAGCUAAGCCGCUCCACUAUCAACACUUUAAAAUUCGUUCUUAAAGAGGGCUCUGGGGUCGUGACGAAAAAUUCAAAAUAUAGCGCAACUUUUUUAGACAAAAAAGAUUUUCACUUUGAAGUUGUGUAACUCUCUUAAAAGUAUCGGAAGAGUGGUCGUUCUUAAAAUGGCUUUUCCGUAAUGUUUAGAAGUGUUUAGAAUAUCGACAAUUGAUCAGUCUAUAGAUUGAUUUAGGAUGCAUACAUUCAAUUACAUGUACAUUGUUGAUUUUUCCUUUUGUUCCUCAUGAUGUUGAAGCAAAAAUAAACAUGCAAUUUUUACAUAUGAGAAAUGAAGAGGCAAAUUGCUUAAAUUUUAUAAAACACAUGUACAGGACACCGGACCUAAUUUGAUAAAUUGGCAAUGAACGAUUUAUGUAUUUUUUUACUGUAAGAUAUAUCUCACUAGAUGCUCUGGGCUUACAUAAUUUCAUUAGAGACGGGUGAUGAUGAUGAUGAUGAUGAUAUGGCAGUGGUGGUCAUGAUGAUGAUGGUGAUGAUGGAAUGUGCACAAUAUAUCCAGGUGUAGAAAUAUUUUCUGGCAAAAACAAAAGAGGUAAAGAAUAUGAUGCACUUACUAUUUCCGGUUUCCAAUGAGCCAAGGAUUAGAACGAGUAGCACAGAAAAGUAGAAUCGCCUCAUGGUCAUACAACAUGCCUCAUCACUGUUGUGUCCCCCAGUGCACAAGUGACAACAGACAGGAGUCUUGCAAGGGUUUGUCAUUUCAUGUAUUCCCCAAGGAUAAGGAACGUUCCAAAAAAUGGUUGAUUGCAAUAAGAAGAGACAUUGGUCCAGAAUUUAAAAGGACCAAGGGAACUCGAGUUUGUUCAUUGCAUUUUGAAAAGAAUGCUUAUGCACCAGCAACUCCUUACACAAAAUUAAGGAAGUUGAAAAAGGACAGUAUUCCCUCUGUAUUCAACUGGACGAUAGCAAAGAAACCAACCCGUCGAGUUCUGUAUAGACAACAGUUAACGAUUCCCUCUAGGACACCCUUGAAAGCAGAAUAUAUACGGAUUGAGUCACUAGUGGUACAUGCCGAGCAUUCGUAUGACAAUCCAGUACCAGACACAGAGUCAGAGAUACCGGAGUCCGCAACAGUGCUUGAUGAUGAAACAUCUGAAAUCUUGGAAACUUCAGGAAGUACUGAUGAUAGUUUGGCUGAAAUCGAUCAGACGACAUCCCCAGACAAAGCAUAUGUACAGCGCAUAAAUCUGCAACUACUCCAUCUUAGGAACAAAGAAAAGCCACUCGGAUAAGGACAUAAGAUAUUAUGCUGGUUUUGCAUCCUAUACAUCCUUGAACUGUUUUUUCAAUUUUUUAUUACCAGCUGCACACUUCUUAUAUUAUAUUGGAACCACCAAUACUUCGAAUGGAACACCAUACUCACUGGUCAACAAGCGUGGUCCAUCGCUUAUGGAUGAUCCUAAAUAUGUGCCCUUGACAAUGAAUGGCCUCUGUCCUAAACCUUCAUUGACUGCAUGAAUUUGAAAAUGAAAUAAAUA